CCGAUCAGCUCGCCGUUGAGUUGGCAUUGACAAUGGGGAGGUCUCCUUGCUGCGCCGACGAGGGCGGCGUGCUGAAGAAGGGGCCCUGGACGCCGGAGGAGGACGAGAAGCUGCUCCGGUACGUCCAGGGCCACGGCCAUGGCAGCUGGAGGAACCUCCCCAGGCUCGCCGGGCUGAACAGGUGUGGGAAGAGCUGCAGGCUGCGGUGGACAAACUACCUCCGGCCGGACAUCAAGAGGGGCAAGUUCUCGCAGGACGAGGAGAACACCAUCCUGCACCUCCACUCCAUCCUCGGCAACAAGUGGUCGGCGAUGGCGACGCAGCUGCCGGGGCGGACGGACAACGAGAUCAAGAACUACUGGAACACCCACCUGAAGAAGCGGCUCAUCCGGAACGGCUUCGACCCCAUGACGCACCGCCCCAGGACCGACUUCUUCGCCUUCGACGCCCUCCCGCAGCUCCUCGCCCUCGCCGCCCUCCACCAACAGCACCAACAGCAGCUCGACCCAGCUUCGGCGCAGAUGCAGGGCACCGGCAACGCCAACACCGACAUGGCCGUGCUGCAGCAGGCCGCCAAGCUCCAGUACCUCCAAUGCCUCCUCCAGUCCAUCUCCUCAACGACGACCUCCAGCGCCGCCCCCGUGUCCUCCGUCGUCGAUGUCGCGGCAAUAUCUCUCGGUGGCGCGCCCGCGGUUUCCGAGGCGCCGGUUACUGUCACUAUCAGCGAGGAAGCUGCUCGUGACCACCAAGAAGGCCUCCUGCUAAGCUCUGACUUGGAAUUGGAAAUGAACUACAGCUGCCACGGCGGCGGCUCGCUGUCGUCGCUGCCUCCGCUCGCGGAUUUCUCUGACGGCACAGUGGAUGACGGGCGGUGCAGCGCGACGGCAUCGUCCGGCUUCGGUGACGGCGCCGGCGGUGGGAGCAGCCCGCUCACUUGGCCGGAGUUCUUCUUCCCCGACGACGACCCCUUCGUCGUCACUGAUUUCCUCUGACCUGGUGUAACAUAACAUACUGUACGCUACACAUGCAUGUGUGUGUGCUUUGUAUACAUACGCUUAUCUAUCUCGUACAGAUACGUAUGCACAUGCUGCAUGUGCAUAAAGUCGUCACCAAAGGAUGCAGUUGUCUUGGAGGACUAGCUAGCUCUAGCCAGCCAGAGAGGAGUAUGACUUCUUUUUUUCUUUGUGAGAAUAAUAAUAUAUGUAUGUAAAACAGAUUAUGUGAGUCUGUUGUGGAUGGAUGUACAUAAUAUUGAGUGAGCCAAUCCAAA